CCCUUUACCUGCCGUCGCAGCCGCCGGCAACCGCUUCCGGUUCCGGUAGCGGCAGGUUGUAUUCUUUCCCAGGCGCGGGUCAUGGCGGGGAGCCGGCUGGAGACCGUGGGGAGUGUCUUUUCGCGGACUCGGGAUCUGCUUCGGGCUGGGGUGUUGAAGGAGAAGCCCCUCUGGUAUGACAUAUACGAGGCCUUCCCACCUUUGAGGGAGCCGGUCUUCCAAAGACCUCGCCUGCGGUAUGGCAAAGCCAAAGCUCUCAUCCAGGACAUCUGGUACCACGAGGAUCGAAUAAGAGCGAAAUUUUAUUCUUCCUAUGGGUCUGGCCAAAAAGCUUUUGAUCUGUUCAAUCCAAACUUCAAGUCAAACUGUCAACGGUUUGUGGAGAAGUACAUGGAGCUUCAGAACCUUGGAGAAGUAGAUGAAGAGAAAUUAUUUGUGGAAACGGGGAAGGCUUUAUUGGCAGAAGGUGUCAUUUUAAGACGAGUAGGAGAAGCAAAGACUCAGCAGGAAGGUAGUCAGAGUUCCUGGAAAUCUGAACAGACAAGUAUCACACCUCAGACUGCAGUGGAAGGAAACCAGCCUCAGAAAGACGUUGCCCAGGACCCGCAUUUGGAGACACCUGAAGUGCAGUCCAAAAGUCUCCCCCCUCCCUGAAGGACUUGUGUACUGCAAACACUGACAGACACGCUGUGCUCACUGGAUGCAUGCUGAACUAUUUUUAACAGUCGAACUAUGUAAAUGUUUCUUGAUCUCUGAGGCACCGUUUGCCUAGUCUUAGUUCCUAUUUCUGGGUUGUUAGAAGCUCAGUAUCAUGUUCUGAAAGAAGCAGUUUUGUGAACUUGCAGAACAUUACUAAAUAAAGGAUUCCCUAACUGCUUAUAAAGUAAAUUUGCUUUGAAUUUAUAAAUAACAUGAAGAAACCUUCAUAAAGAUUGUUUGAACAGAACUCAUUCUGAAUAGGUUGGCUGAGAGGUGUGUGUUAGCAUGUGGCUGGCCACAUUUGAUUCUCUCUGGAUCCUUCAGACUUUUACUCGCACACAUAGUGUGGUCCCUUGACAACUGUUUCUGUCCACAGGUAAUCUUUGUACUUUUUGCCAUAAUAUUGUUAGCUUCAACUUGAGAGGCUGAACUGACCUGUGCUUUGUUGGGAGAGUGAGGACCUGUCAUUGAUGGAUAACGGUCAAGACUUUAAUCUCCUGGAUUAAGUAUGUUGGAGACAAUUAGCAUAGGCCUGCACAUAAUAGACCACUUGGAACUCAAGACUGAAUUUAGAUGGCAUCUCUGUAGGUCACUGGAUUGCCCGGGUGGUGGGGGGCAUCUAAUUCAGACACGCUCCACGAGCAUCCUGCUUCCCUGGUGCUGAGGUGUUUGUAAGUCCUUACCAGCUGAGUUGACUUUCUCAUUUCCCCAUAUCUUACUAAAUAAAUGAAAUAUUCCUCUGA